AUCAUCUCAAGCAACGGUUCUGGAGUCCGCAUAUAGGUACAUUUGGAUCGUGAUUUGUGACGAUGACUAGGAAAAGGAUUUACUACUUUUCGCUGACUCCAUUCGAUACCAAAGAAGCGUGUGCCCACCAGUUAGAGAGAAUGCAAAAGAGCAUCCAGCAAUGAAUGUAGAGGAAUCAACUGAUUUUGGCAAUCUGCCGAUUGUCGUUUGGAUUCGGGUAUUGGAAUAUUUAUCACUUAAAGACAGAUACAGUGCAUCUCUGGCGUGUUCAAACAUUUACAAUGCAUUUAAUCACCCCACACUAUGGCAGAAAGUAACACUAGAUGUAGGGGGAAGCUCAGGAAAACACAGAAACUUCCACUGUGUUAAAAUUCCCAAAAGAAACUUUCUUCUCGUUCGUAGAUUUGCAAAAAUGUUCUAUGACGUUACCUUUUUUAUUUGUGAGCCCUUACAUGUGAGCUUUGGAGAAUGGAACACUGUUUUAGAAGAACACAUCAAGGAUUUUAAAUUGGGUCAUCUAACAUUGGAUGUAGGUGGUUUGAGAAACAAACCAAAUGUAUCAGAAAUGAAAAUUCGUACCGAAAAUAUGAAGCCUAUGGUAGACAUAGUUAGAAAUCAGUCACAUUUAAAGACUUUUGUCGUAAACUCAUGGCCAGUAUUUGCUAACUCCUUGCAGAAUCCUGAUGAAAAUAUAUUUCAAGCUGUUAUUGAAAAUAACAACAUUAAAGGUCUGAGAAAACUAGGCUUGUUUAAAUGCGAUUCCACGGCUUGGUCUGUGCGAAGACCACAUUUAAUUUCAUCAGAGUUGACUUUGAAAUUGGUGGAUCAUUUCAAGAACUUGACCCAUUUAGCCUUAAGAUCGCCUAUGAUCACGUCAGAUCUUAUCUCGAGUCUAUCAUUGAGGGGUAGAGAGAAGCUUCAACAAUUACACAUAACAAUUAAUUUUAUUCCUGAAGAUGAAUCCUUCAAAAUGCCAACAGUGAAUGAAUCAGUUUGGAAAGAUUUCUCAAGUUACAACACGAAUGUGAAAGUGAAAGUUUUGGUUUUGUCAAGAGCACCACAUUACAAACUAGAGUGUUUCCUGAGGCCUUCCUGUCCUCUCUAUGAAAUAAAGUUUGGAGAAUAUAUCAGAAGUGACAAGGAAUUUAUCGCUUACCUGGUGGAUUCUUUCAAUUCGACACUGGAUACAUUUGAAUAUAACGAAGAGGAUGGAGAUUUUGAAAGAGAACUAGUUACUCUUGUGGAAAACUCAGACCAACUGUGUAGGUUAAAAUACUGCGGCAAAAUCAACUGUCAAAAUGUUAUACGUCUUGCGAAAUUGAGAAAAAAGAACUGGGAGUCGUUUCACUUGAUUAGAAAGAACAUUUAUAAAAAGAAUGUCGAGAAGAAUCCGGAAAUGACCAUUGACAGUGAUCAAGUUAUAGCGAAAAAUAAGGAUGGAGUGUAUGUCCUUGUGGAUCUAGUGAAAUUUCACGAACAGGUUUCUAUGUUAGACCACGAAGAUGAGGAACAGAUAAUGAUUGAGAAAGUGUCCGAAUAUUUGGGUCGAGAUUGGUUUCCUGACAAGUUUUAUCAAUAGUCAAUAUACAAAGUUUACUGUGCGAGAGUUUACUCCCUAAAGGAAAUAUAAUUACUGUCCAGUGAAUUGUCCAAAGUUUUAUAUUAUAGUCCAUUAUACGUAGUCAAUUCAGAGAAGUUAUUUAAGAAAAAUUGACUUAGGCAACCUUCAGAAAAUUGUUUGGGUGUCCUCUCCCGACUUGAUCUGAAAAUAUUGGAUGGGUAGGUACAUGAGAAAUUUGUUAUCUCAGAAAAUAAUUUUAUUUUAAUUUCAAAUCUUUAAAUGUACCAAAUGUUUUUUGCCCAAACGAAUAUUAAACAAAAGAAGAGAUUUGAUAAACUUGCGUAAUUGUUGACAAUUCAUGGACAUGGGAAUACUCUUUGAAGCCAAAAACGAAGAUCAAUAAGAAAUUAUGUGGACUCAAAGAAAAAAAAACUAUCGUCUUAUUAUUGUAAACGGAAGCAAGAGCUGCAAUACCUGUAUGUUUUGUUAUUUUUUUUUCUUCAAAUAAUACAUGUACUUGCAACCGAAUGAAAGACUCUCAAUGGUUACUUCCCUUACUUGUAUGUUAAAAUUUUACUUCCUGCAAAGGUCGAUUUUCAGGGUAUUUUUUUCC